AUGAGGACCAUCGCCGUUGCAACGCGCCUCAACUACACCUGCCAGUGGGCCACCCAGGCCCAGUUCCUGGGUGGCCAGGAUGGCCCAUCAUCGUCGCUGGUGUCAACCGUGCUGCAGGCGCCGGUGCCCAUCCAGCUCGAGGACCGCGUGCCUGCGGUCGCCCACUUCACCAUGAGCCUCCUCGUCGGCUCCGGCCCUGACACCAUCCCACCCACCGACGGCGUGCCCGUCGUCAAGCCCACCAAGGCGCGCGUCUUGUCGGUCUCCUCGUUGAGCUACUGA